AUGGAGGUUCAGCUGUACAUCUACGACCUGUCACAGAACAAAGCUAAUGGCAUCAAGGGCCUCGCCCGUCAAUUCUCUCGAGCCUUGACCGGCAUUCACAUCGACGCCGUCUAUCACACGGCCAUUGUCUUCAACAAUGUCGAGUAUUUCUUCGGCCAGGGCAUUCACCGGAAAGUCCCUGGCUCAACUCAUCAUGGUCGACCGAUGAAGAUUGUGAGUUUGGGCCAGACGCAACUGCCCCUUGAUGUCGUCGACGAGUACAUCGAGUCGCUAGAGGCAAUCUACACGCCCGAAUCGUAUGAUUUGUUUUUAAACAAUUGCAACAACUUCACGCAGGAUCUCGCCAUGUUUCUCGUCGGCAAGAGCAUUCCGGACGAGAUUCGGAGCCUCCCGCAGACAUUCUUGAAUACCCCUAUCGGACAGAUGUUGCGAGGCCAGAUUGAUGAGUCGAUGAGAACCAUGACCCAGGCACCUGAUGCUGUCGCAGGCCAAAAUGCUGGUGGCACUCAGUCGGUUAUGCAGAAAACUUCCACAGCGGACGCCUUUACCUCUUCAUUACCGAAUGGUCCAUCCCACAAACUCACCGCUCCCGCGAUUAUCAAUGCCCAACCACCGGCUGACAGUCCGGGAAAGGUCCACAACAUCACCACUCUUUCGGAACUGGAUUCCCUGCUUUCCUCGGCCUCACACUCUUGCGCCGUAAUAUUCUUCACCUCGGCGACAUGCCCUCCCUGCAAAAUCGUCUACCCUACCUAUGAUGACUUGGCUGCCGAAGCAGGCACGCUUUCCGGCGCAAAGUUGAUCAAGAUUGACAUUUCGGCAUCCCCUUCUGCCCAUGCAGUCGCACAACGAUACAGUAUCCGUGCCACACCGACAUUUAUAACGUUCCUUAGGGGAGAGAAGCAGGAUGAAUGGGCCGGUGCGAAUCCGGCGCAACUAAGAGGCAAUGUCCAGUUAUUGUUGCAGAUGGUGAGGCCGCCGCAGCAUCAGCAUUCGAAGUUAAGGUUACCUUCGUUUCAACGUGUCAUUGACACACCGAUUCUCUAUACGAAGACACCGCCGCUAGAAAAGCUACUUGGGAAGCUAGGCAGAGCGUUCUCAGAUGAUAAAUCGGUGCAGGACCUCGUGAGCUACAUCAAAACGCGCGAUGCAAAGGGCAUGACGGAAGCCGCACUGCCAGAUCUACACGCCUUCGGCGAACACAUUGCCUCGACGUUUACAAGCCUUCCGAAAGAGAGCCUAUUUGCAGCGAUCGACCUCGUCCGUGUUGCGGCCGCCGAUCCCCGUGUGGCAAGUUUUCUUGCCGCUGAACGCGAAUAUCGCACGCUUUCAACGCUUUUCAAUACAGUCCAGACCUCACAAGGAGGUGACUUCGCAAAUGCGCCGUACAACAUCCAAUCCGUCACUCUCCAACUUGGGUGCAACUUGUUCUCCUCCAAUAUCUUCCAGGAGCAGAUCUUUCAUUCGGGCUCCUCGCCGUCUCCUUCUACCAGCAGCGGGGUCCUGAAAGAAAAGCUCGAAGAACUGGCGGCGCAGUGCCUCCUAUCACCACAUCUAAAUUCGAGGUCUUUGGCUGCGGUGUUGGUGUACAAUCUUGCGAGUUGGACGCAUAAUGCGCGGAUGCACGCGCACAGCAGCUUCCACUCUUCGUCAUCAGCCGAGACACCUGCCGAAGAAGGAGGAGGAGCCGUGAGCGACGACCUCGCCGCCGCUUUGCUCGAGAGCAUUUCGUCCUUGGCAACACUCACUGCCACCGUCCCAACUACGACCACGACUGCUUCGGGUGGAGGCGGUAAUCUCAAUACACUCCACGCCCUCCUGCUCAGCCUCGGCAUGCUGCUCUACUCAGCCCCCGCCGGGGACAUGCUUUGGGAUCUGUGUCGGGCGAUGGAGCUCAAGGAUGUCCUGAAGGAGCUUGGGAAGAGGGACGAUUGCAGAGGAGAGAAGCUGCUGAAAGAAGUUGGGGAGGAAUUGCUGGGCAAAGGCGGGUUUUGA